AUGACUCUGGCCUGUGCAGCCGGCUCCUUCUCCCUCCUUACUGUGAUGGUCCUGGGAGUCUUUGUGAAGCACAGAGACACCCCCAUAGUCAAAGCCAAUAACCGCAGUCUCAGCUACACUCUGCUGGUCUCCCUCAGCCUCUGCUUCCUCUGCUCCUUGCUCUUCAUUGGCCAUCCUACCACUGCCACCUGCCUGCUGCGCCAAAUCACAUUCGCAGUUGUCUUCACAGUGGCCAUUUCCUCCAUUUUAGCUAAAACCAUCACUGUGGUUCUGGCCUUCAGGGCCACCAAACCAGGGAGCAGGCUCCGGAGCUGGCUGGGAUCCACAGCAUCUUACUCUCUCAUUUUCACCUGCACCCUCAUCCAAAUGUGUCUCUGUGGCAUCUGGCUUGGGACAUCCCCCCCCUUCCUGGAGAUGGACAUCCAUUCUGAGCCUGGCUCCAUUAUCAUCCAGUGCAAUGAGGGCUCCCUCCUCAUCUUCUACUGUGUCCUGGGCUACAUGGCCGUGCUGGCCUUAGCGAGCUUCACUGUGGCUUUCCUGGCCAGGAACCUGCCGGACACUUUCAACGAAGCCAAGUUCCUGACCUUCAGCAUGCUUGUGUUCUGCAGCGUCUGGAUCUCCUUCCUGCCCUCGUACCAGAGCUCCAAGGGCAAGGCCAUUGUAGCCUUGGAGGUCUUUGCCAUCUUGACAUCCAGUGCCGGGAUUCUCACUUGCAUCUUUGCUCCCAAGUGCUUUGUGGUCCUUCUAAGAUCAGAACAAAAUACUCUGGGGAAACUUAAAAAGAAAGCAACUCCCUCAGAAGCCAAGGUCUUCUAA